AUGCAAAACCCAUCCCAAUACAAGAUUCCAAACUGGUUCCUUAACAGACAAAAGGAUAUCAAGGAUGGAAAGACCAGACAGAUGAUGGCAAUGGUGAACAAAGUGUUGGACUGGAUCCGCAGUCUAUUCUGGAAAGAGGAGAUGGAGCUGACACUUGUCGGUCUUCAGAACUCUGGAAAGACGACGUUCGUCAAUGUUAUCGCUAGCGGACAAUUCACAGAAGACAUGAUCCCCACUGUGGGCUUCAAUAUGAGAAAAAUCACCAAAGGAAACGUGACAAUCAAACUCUGGGAUAUCGGAGGUCAACCGCGCUUCCGAUCGAUGUGGGAACGGUAUUGUCGUGGUGUCAACGCCAUCGUCUUCAUGGUCGAUGCUGCUGAUGAGGAGAAGCUCGAGGCAUCCAGAAACGAAUUGAUGCAACUUCUCGACAAGCCACAACUUGAUGCCAUUCCAGUGUUGGUGCUCGGAAACAAGAAGGAUCUGCCGGGAGCACUUGAUGAGCGACAAUUGAUUGAGAGAAUGAACUUGUCUUCAAUCCAGAAUCUGCUGAUGAGGAGAAGCUCGAGGGUAACUAUGAACCGACUGCUCUGCUGGAAAAACCCGCAAAGGGACUUCUUCUCAAAAAUAGUCGAGAAUCAAGAAUUCAAAAAAAUUUUUGAAAACACCGAGACAAGAAUGACUGUGUAUUACAGCAAAACGAUGGUUGCCGAUAAUGGAAUUAUUAUUGGAGAGGAAGGCUCAGCGAUGCGUGAACGAAUGGAAAGCGAGAAUUCAAACCAAGCCUCUUAUACAAAAAGUGUAUACAAAUGGAUGUGUGAAAAGUUUGAAGUUUUUGUCGAAUACUCUGGAGCUCCGAAGAACGCGGACCUAUUGAAAACUAUGAUGGAUCCUCUUGUGAAACAAGCAUUUAUGUGGAUGCUGCCACGCUUCUUAUUGAAGAUUAAAGGAGCGAAAGGAGUCAUCCACUCCCUGUCUUUUGAGAUAACUUACGGUGGACACGAAUUGAAAACCGUUAUCAACGAUUUGGAGCGUCUUUUAGCAUCCAUCGAAAACGGAAUGGUUGUCGGGACUAACGAUUUCAAGGCUGGCGACUUCUCUGUCACAGCAGACGGAAUGAAAAUUUCAGGCCAUCUUCGCUUCCCAUUCACUGAACACACCGAAUCCCACAAAUCGUUCAGUCGCAUAUUGCGCAACGGGAAAGGAUUAUAUCAAGUCUCUGUUCAAAGAGGAAACGUGCAGUAA